AUGACGACUAUAAUAUACGACGAAGCGGGGCCAGUGCUGAUUUCCCAUCCAUUAUCAUUUCAAAAGAAAGAAGGUUGUGACCCACCAAAAAUCUGGCUUUUUCAUCUGUCCAGUUUUUACAGUCGCAGAGGUGUACGAGCAGUAGUCAUCGAGCCAGCCGUAAAGGAUAAGAAAGCACGCAUCUUAAAAACAUAUCCGAGUAAUCGAUUCUCAAAGCCGAAUAAUAAAUAUGCCAAUCGCUGCUUACUAUUACUUGGAAAUAUUGUCUUGGUUUAUUGUCAUCAACGCUUGGAUAAACCUGACCAAGAUCCGCAACUGUGGAUCUUGGAACUGAAGUAA